AAAAACUUUCAAAUGAACUCUUCAAGUGAAUCACGAGGAAGUUCCGACUUUGGUGUCAACAUUUUGACCGCCGGUUCCGUCAACAACAACAACACUGAUCUGGCUUCGGUUACUCAGACCGCUAGCCACGCGUCGCGCAACACUAUAUCGAUACAGUUGGCAGUGGCCAGCGGUUCGGUCAAUAAGGGCGCCAAUGCAUCGCCAGUGGAAAUAUUUGAGUCGAAUCCGGCCAUUCAGGACGCCGUACUCAAAGUGCUACAAAGCUACGACUGGUCGCUAGUGACCCGAACCAGCAAACAGACACCGACGGCCAAACACAAGACACAUGUCAAGCGGCCAAUGAAUGCAUUUAUGGUGUGGGCACAGGCAGCCCGUCGGAAACUGGCCGAACAGUACCCGCAUCUACACAAUGCCGAACUCAGUAAAACAUUGGGAAAGUUAUGGAGUAGAGUCCUCGGAGACGACGAAAAGAAACCAUUCAUUAUUGAAGCGGAAAGACUUCGCUGCAAACAUAAGAAAGACUUUCCUGAAUACAAAUAUCAACCGCGAAGAAGAAAACCAAUGAAACAAAUGUCGUCAUCGACUCAUUCGUCAUCUUCGGCAGCGCCGAUGUCGUCCACACCGACCAGCAGUUAUUCGGCACAACUGAGCACCGAAAGUGAUCAUUCGGUUAGUGGCCGAACAUCGGAAACUAGUAAUACAAAUGAGACGCCAAUAAUAACAGCUCAACAACAACAGUGUCGAUCCAGUCCUAGCAAUACAUCGGUGGCCGAUAGGAUUUGGUCGUCACAUCCGACCGAAAACAUGUCUCAUCACAGAUCGUCAACGAUUGUCAGUAAUCCAGACCGUGUCUGGCCUUCACUGUCCGCCGAAACCGGUCAACACUGUCGAAAUACUGACAGAGUGUGGCCUCAACUACACACCACUGAUACGAGUCAACACUACCGGCCGAGUCAUACAAGUGCCGGCGAUCGAGUCUGGACUCAGUUGCAAACGGAAUCCGAUCAACACUGUCGAACAGGUCAUCCAAACGCAUCGGACAGAGUGUGGCCAUCGUUGCAGAUCGAUUCGGGCCAACAUUGUCGACCACCUGGACUGACCAAUCCGGCCGACCGAGUGUGGUCUACGCUGCAAAUCGAUUCGGCCCAACACUGUCGGUCAUCUUUAUCCAAUUCGACUGAUCGCGUAUGGCCUGGACUGUCGCUGGAAUCGUCGGGCCAACACUGCCGAUCCACGCUCAUGACAUCAGCCGACAGAGUUGGCUGGCCAUCGCUGCAGAUCGACUCGGCCGCUGCCGCCGCACAACACUGUCGAUCAUCGUUAAGUACCGCCACCGACCGGGUGUGGCCGCCAUCGAUUCCCACCGAAACAUCUGCCACUGUGUGUAGACCCAGUUUGACCAACAGUACUGCCGAUCGGGUUUGGACUAGUCUGCAAAAUGAAUUUGUAGGCCAAAACUGUAUGCCCAACAGUGCCGCCGACCGUAUGCCUAAUAUGACACACCAUUGGUAAGCGUUUUUUGAUAA